AUGCCCCACGAACAGCAGCCCGCCACGACGGUUGACGUUGAGAAGGGCUUCGUUCCCCACCUGCACGGCCGCGCACCAUCCCAACGGGACGAUGAGCAGUUGGCCGCCCGCCGUCCUUCCGCCGCCCUGGCUACCACUAAGAGCUGGUACAAGGACGACGAUGCUGACGGCUUCUUGGCUUCAGACAACCUCGAGGCACGCGGCAUUCAGCGUGUGGAGCCAGACGAGCGGCAUGACCUCCGCUCCUUGGGCUACUCGCAGAUCGCAAUCCUUUGGUUCUCGGUCAAUCUGGCAGCCAACAACAUCACACUCGGAAUGCUGGGACCCGCCGUCUACUACCUUGGCUUUACCGACAGCUGCUUGUGUGCGGUGCUGGGCAUGCUUCUUGGAUGCCUUGGUGUUGCAUAUGCCGCAACUUUCGGUCCGCGUUCCGGGAAUCGGACGAUGAUCUUCGCCCGAUACACGAUGGGUUGGUAUCCGUCCAAGAUCGUGGUGCUACUGAACAUCAUCGUCCUCCUUGGCUACGCUUUGAUUGACUGCGUGGUUGCCGGGCAGAUCCUUUCGGCCGUGUCAGCGAACACCAUGUCCGUCGUGGUGGGCAUCAUCAUCGUGGCCGUAAUCACUUGGGGGAUCACCACAUUUGGCUACUCUGUGUUCCACAUGUAUGAGCGCUACGCUUGGCUGCCGCAGCUCAUGAUCAUCUGCAUUCUUGCUGGUGUUGCCGGCCCGAAGUUUGAUACCACGACGCCCUCGUCCGCUGGCGACGCACGCACGCUUGCGGGGAACCGGCUUUCCUUCUUCUCGCUCUGCCUUGCCGCCGCAAUCACGUACGGCGGGGGCGCCGCCGACUACUUCGUGUACUACCCGUCGUCCACGCCCUCGUGGAAAGUGUUUGUCGUAACAAUGGUAGGUCUCUCCGCCAGCUUCACCUUCGCAUUCAUCGUCGGGAUCGGGCUGGCGUCCGGCAUGGCCGCCAACCCUAGCUGGGAGGCCGCGUACGGGACCUCGCAGGGCGCGCUGAUAGUCGAGGGCUUCGCGCCACUGGGUGAAUUUGGAAAGUUCUGCGGCGUCGUCGUCGCUCUCGGUCUUAUCGCCAACCUCAUCGUGCCGACCUACUCCUCCGGCGUCGACUUCCAGAUCCUUGGCCGCUGGUGCGCGCAGGUGCCGCGCAUCGUCUGGAACACGAUUGGCGUCGUCAUCUACACUGUCUGCGCCGCGGCGGGUCGCGCACACCUGGCCGAGAUAUUCACGAACUUCCUCGCGCUGAUGGGCUACUGGGUGUGCAUCUGGCUCGCCAUCACGCUUGAGGAACAUCUGCUUUUCCGGCGGGCCAGCUCGGGCCGGACGUGGGACUGGGCUCGUUGGGACGAUCAAAAGCACCUCCCGCUGGGUAUCGCCGCGCUGGCGGCGUUUCUUGUGGGGUGGGCGGGUGCCAUCCUGUCUAUGGCGCAGGUCUGGUACAUUGGGCCCAUUGCCAGCACGGUUGGCGAUUAUGGCGCUGACAUGGGCAACUACGUGGGCUUCGCAUGGGCUGCGCUGGUGUUUCCGCCGCUGAGGUGGUGGGAGAUCAAGAGAUUCGGGCGGUGA